AUGCGUAAAGGAGCAGGUAUAUCAGCUUUAUCUCGUCAUACAAUAACCUCAACAUCUUAUUCAAAUUUAUCAACAUCACUUUCAACUCAACAAUUGAAUUCUUUACAAUCUUCUCUUUCUCAAUUCCGUGAAUCUUUAUUAUUAUUCGCACAAAAACAUAAAUCUGAUAUCCGAUCUGAUCCAGUAUUCAGAUAUAAAUUCCAACAAAUGUGUUCUGCCAUAGGAAUAGAUCCUUUACAAUCUUCUUCUUCUUCUUCUUCUUCUUCGUCGUCGAUGGGAUUUUGGUCAAGAUUAGGAUUAGGUGAAUUCGCAUAUGAAUUAGCUGUACAAAUUGUCGAUGUUUGUAUUUCUACCAGAGGUUUGAAUGGGGGUAUGAUAGAGAUGAAUGAUUUGAUUAAAAGGAUUGAAAAGAUGAGAGGGAUAUCUAAAUAUCGUUAUAUAACAUCACAAGAUAUAAAACAAAGUUUAAAACUUUUACAACCUUUAAAAGCUGGUUAUUCUUUAAUUGUUUUAGGUGAACAAACUUGGAUAAGAAGUAUACCCAAACAACUCGAUAUGGAUCUUUCUCUUUUACUUGGAAUAGCUACUGUUACCGGAGGGAAAUUGACAGAGGGGAAUGUGGGAUCACAAACUGGUUGGGAAGAGAUUAGGGUGAAAAGGGCUUUGGAAAAUUGUUUAGAUUCAGGUAUGGGUUGGUUGGAUGGGGUGGAUGAUAGCGUUUGGGUUUUAGCUGCGAUGGAGGGGGAAAGUGGGUAA